GAGGAGAGCUUUGGAUCUCCUCCUUUUUGCGGGUGCGAGGGAUUGCAUCAGACUUGCCAGGUGAGAUCAAGAAUGGGUGUACCUUCGAUGAUCAAUAACAGACGGGCAGUUGAGCAAAUGGUAAUGUCGGCGUCGUCCAUGCCAAGCAUGCGGUUGAAGUGGCUUCUGUUGAUGAUUGUUGUUCUGGCAUCUGUCUUUUGCAUCGUAAAUGUAUUGCUCGGCCAGUCAUUUCCCGAGGGGGAUAUAGACGCUGGUCCUGAUGACGGUCUGCUGCUCGAUGUCGACAGCAAAUCGGACCCGGAGGCUAUUGCUUUACAGACGAUGAAGAAGACGAUCAAGAGUUUGUCAGGUAAGGGGGUUUCUGUGUGUGUUCAGCGGUGCUUGAGUGCCGCCGGGCCUCCAUGUGUGGAGGCUGGAAGAGGACUAGCAGACACUGCGAGCGCAGAGCGUGAAGGGAGAGGGGGAUACCCGCUUCUUUGGCAGAAAGUUCGUUCGAAGGCGGACCUUGACGGAGAGGUAUUCAAGGAACAGCCACCGUAUAGCGGUGGGGAAGCCGGGGAGGAUGGAGAAUCCGAACGGAUAGGCAGAGGAGAGUCCGAUGGAAACGCUCGUGGUGGUUUAGCUCCGUCUGUGAGCGCAGAGCAUGAGGGAAGAGGAGGAGGCAGGGGAGAGGGAGAGGGAGAGGGAGGGACUGGUAAGGAGUCUCACUUCAGGAGCUUGAUUGACAAAGUUAAGAGGUUGUUGCCCCACAGAGACGUCAGAGAGGAUCAGUAUUAUAAACUCGGGCGGGAUGACGUCGAUCUGCUGGAGAUGGCGGUGAAGAGGGCAAACUAUAUGCCUAGGGUAGCAUUACUGUUCCUUACGGAUGGGCCUAUCCAGUUAGCACCGGUGUGGGAAAACUAUCUCCACGGAUACGAGGACUACUACUCGCUUUACGUGCACCGCUUGCCGCGGUUCGAAUCUCCGGAAAACGAGUUUGGACCAUUUGGGGGAAGACUGAUAAGGAGUGAGAAAGGGAGGAUGGACUUGGUGGAUGCGCAGAGGCGGCUCCUCGCGAACGCCAUCAUGAAUCCGAUGAAUCACCGCUUCAUUAUCCUCUCCGACUCGUGCGUGCCCGUCACCGACUUCCUUUUUAUGUACCACUACCUUAUGGAUACGGCCGACAGUUUUGUCGAGACGUCCGAGGUGGCGGAGCGGUACGACGGUAAAUUCCUGCCGAUCGUCAGACAGAGGGACUUCCAGCUCGGAUCGCAAUGGGUCGCGUUGACGAGGAAACACGCUACCCUCAUCGUGAAGGACCGUGCGUACUAUCCGGCAUUUGCACGGAACUGCGAGGGUCUUCCAGAAGAACAUGUGGGUUUCUGUCUUCCUGGGUUCUCGCAAUGGUGCAAGCGAAGAGUAAAGGUGUAUUGCAGUCCCGACGAGCACUACAUCCAGACCGUUAUUCAUAGUCUCGUGAGUAAUGAACUCAAUCGGCGAUCUCUAAUGUGGAGCCAUUGGGAAGGCCCCUCACGUACAGAUCCCGUCUCUUGGAACGCGGGAAGGAUGCGGACGAAUAGCUCGCUUUUGGAGUCUAUCCGUGCGCAGAAAAAUUGCCUGUGGAAUGGUCAGGAAAGGGAGUGCUUUUUGUUUGCACUCAAAUUCACAUCAGACGCCAUUCCUCUGAUCCUGGAAAGAGGGCAGAGGCUGGGACUUUGGAAGUAGCAACUAGAAGAAAAGUCUUCCGUAGGCUGUUCCUUUCUUCUUUAAUGCUCUUGGCUGUGCUUACACACUAA